AUGCCCGCAGCAGUGGAAGAGGAGUCUCGAGAGGAGGAGAAAGUGGAAAAACCCUCUCGAGAAUCCCUGACGGACCCCAUUGCAUUGUCAUCGCCGGAACUGAGCUCUGAUCUGGAGUUUAUCAAUCAGGCGACGAAAGAAGGUGAAAAUGAUAUCGGAUGGUAUGAAGACAAGCUUCUAACUAACACACCUCCCAUCAUGCCUGAAGUUUAUGAGGAACAUCCACCAAUUACUACUGAGGUCAGUGAGAAGAGUGAUGAUGUGGAGAGCAUGGACGGGGGUGAGAAAAUUGAAGAGAAUGGUAAGGGCGAUGAGGUUGACGAGAAUGACGAGGACGUGGAGAAAAGAUCAGGUGUGCCGGCCGGACGAGACGGCGAUGAGUCAGUAGUAGUUGAUGCUCUCAAAACAGAAUCUAAGCAGGAUAUCGCAAUAUUCGAAGAACGGAGUGGCAUCGGAACGGAGUGGUCGUGGUUUUUGGUGGUGGACAGAGAAAUAGUGAGGAACGGUGGUUUUAAGGAGAGAGGAAGUGUGGCAGUGGCAGGAAGUGGGAGUGGAAGAGUUAACGAGAGUGGAGCGAAUGUGGAGAACGCUACGGCAGACGAUAAGGAUGGAGGAGAGGAAGCACGAGUACGACAUGAGGAGGAGAAGAGCGGAUGGGAGAGAGUGGAGAAAAGGAGGAGAGAGAGGGAGGAACAGAUGCUGGAGGAACGGAAGAAACUGAGGGAGAAGAGAUUAUGA